AUGACUGAAUCUUCAUUGGCUAAUGGCCAUGAUGCCCUUGAGGAGAAGCUCGGCCGAUUGUCAAAGAAACCUGGUGUCAAGGCCAGCAUCAUUCUUGACCGAACCACCGGCGCUAUCCUGGAAACCAGCGGGCAAAUCGACGCUCUCCAGACCUCUAAGACGCGAACCACAUCUACUGCAACAUCGUUUUCCAAUGAAAGUCCUGCACUAGAGGAGAGCGAAACGAAAGGAGUCGAGCAAUUCGCCGCGAACGUCUGGAACUAUGUGAAUAGCUCCGGAAGCUUGGUUCAGGAGCUAGAUGGCGAAGUGAGGAUCACCACAGGCGUCACAGGCUCACUGCUAACAAUCAGUAGGAUGAGCUGA